GCUCUGGCAGGUGGUGGAUCACUACGAGAACCCGCGCAACGUCGGCUCCCUCGACCGCAACGCCAAGAACGUGGGCACCGGCCUGGUGGGCGCCCCGGCCUGCGGCGACGUCAUGAAGCUCCAGGUGGAAGUGGACAAGAACGGGAAGAUCAUCGAUGCCCGUUUCAAAACCUUCGGCUGCGGGUCAGCAAUCGCAUCGAGUUCACUGGCGACGGAGUGGGUCAAAGGGAAAACGGUUGACGAAGCGUUGAAAAUCAAGAACACGGAUAUCGCUAAAGAGCUCUGCCUUCCUCCAGUCAAACUGCACUGCUCUAUGUUGGCUGAAGAUGCAAUCAAGGCUGCCUUGGCUGAUUACAAGUUGAAGCAGGAUCCAAACAAAGAAGAGUCAGAGAAGAAAGCAAACAAUGCCUAAACUGACUGUAAAGCUUGUUCUCAUUCCACUUAAAUUUGCAGUGCAAUUAUUCUAGCUAUUAGUAGGAUCCUGCGCACUACUAAAUGAAGCUGUAAGAUACGCACAACUUACGCACAAUGUGUCACUGUUGAUGUGUGUACAGCCACUCUUACAGUGCUUGCACGACUGGGAUGUGGGUAUUUCAGCAGCUAUUUCAGCAGCCUGUGUCCUGUCACGACUGUGUUUGAAAUGUUAGAGCGAAGAAGACUGCUCAACUGCGGAGAACUCGGUGGCUUCUCUCUGGAGAGAAAAUCCUGCUGUUCCGGUACUGGAAGGGCUGCACUUUUUUGGAAGAUGUAUAGUUUUGCCUAAUAUUUUACAGAAUUUAGUGGGAAACAUUGCCUUGGUCUUAAUGUUUAUGUAAAAACUGCAGCUCAGUCUGUGUAUCAAUGCGGUAUACAAAUGUGGGGCGGCAUGUCUGCCUGGAAACUA